AUGAAUCUUCAAUGGAGCUCAGAUGCUUGCCCACUUCAUGGGGAGUUAAAUUUUUUCCAGAUGCUCUUAACAGAUCCGGAUAGUUGCGCAAGGAUUGAAGUGUUCAUCUUGUCAAUUGUAACGUGGAAUUUCUUCGAAGGAUUCAGAUGGUGGGAGGACAUGGAACAUGGAUUGGAUCCACACCCAAAUUUGGAAUUUGAAGCUUGGAAUUGCUCCGAUUUCUUCUCAGAGCUCACGUUAGUUCGCUCUGCUUCCACUCACAAAGGUCCUCACAGCUCAACUCAAACCCUUACUUGCGGUGAUUUGAUGAGUUUCAGAGAGAAUGCCAUAGAGCUUCUCCAGAGAUACAGGAGGGACAGAAGAGUGCUUCUUGAUUUUAUUCUUUCUGGAAGCUUAAUCAAGAAAGUUGUAAUGCCACCUGGUGCAGUUACACUGGAUGAUGUGGAUCUAGAUCAAGUCAGUGUUGAUUAUGUCCUCAACUGUGCGAAAAAGAGUACAAUGCUUGAACUUUCAGAAGCGAUUAGAGAUUAUCAUGAUCAUACUGGGUUACCCCAAAUGAGUGAUACAGGUUCAGUCGGUGAAUUUUAUUUGGUCACUGAUCCUGGGUCUUCCGGUUCACCUCCCAGGAGGCCACCACCAACUGUUCCUAUUUCUGCAGUUCUACCUGUUGCUGUUUCUGCUCCUUCCGUUUUUCCACCAUCCCCAAUUGUUUCUAGUGUAUCGAGAUCGGAGUCUUUCAACACUACUCAAGAAAAGGAGCUAACUGUGGAUGACAUUGAAGACUUUGAGGAUGAUGACGAUGCUUCAGUUGUUGAAGGCUUUAGGGCUAAAAGAACUCUUAAUGAUGCUUCAGAUCUUGCAGUGAAAUUGCCUUCUUUCUCCACAGGCAUAUCAGACGAUGAUCUUCGUGAAACUGCAUAUGAAGUCCUCUUGGCUUGUGCUGGAGCCACAGGGGGUCUGAUUGUCCCAUCAAAAGAAAAAAAGAAAGAAAAAAAAUCCAGCUUGAUUAGGAAGCUUGGGCGCAGCAAAAGUGGAAGUGUUGUAUCCCAGUCUCAGAGUGCUCCUGGAUUAGUUGGCUUGUUGGAAACCAUGCGUGUUCAAAUGGAGAUGGUCUAUGUUCUAGUAGAUAAAGUAGAGUUCAAUAUGCUUCUGGAUGCUGUUUAA